AUGGCACCUUCCCUCGAACAAAGAGUCAUUGAGGCACUCGAAAAGUGCUCCACCGACACAGACACUCCCUUCGACGAUGUCUUGGGCGUCGCAUUGAAGGUCACGCAGAAGAUGCUUGAGCAGGCCGAUCCACCCGACACCGCCGCACCAGUUGUCCCAGCUGUGGCAUCUGUCCCUCUCGUCGCUCAGAUCCCUCCUCCAGCUUCUGCUCCAGCUCCUAAGCCUACUGCUACUCGAGUUAUUGCUUCUCUUGUCGCACCUGCCAAUCCUGGUACACCUGGCACUCAUCGAGUUCUGCGUACCGCGCUUCCAUUGGCGAUGGCUUCUGCUCGCAAACAAGCCGCCCGCGAAAGUGUCUCGCCGACCCCGACUGUCGGUGACCAGAACGACGACAGAGACGAGUUCGUCUGCGAGUUCGCUGGCUGUGGACGCUCUUAUGAGCACAAGGGCUCUCGCACCCGGCACUACAAGGUCAACCAUGGCGGUCAGCGUCCCAGAUCGAAGUAA